GAUAAAGAGUACAAUUAUUUAAUAUUCGAUAAUAGAGGCUCAGGAAAAAGUGGUGCACCAAGUAAAUACUCAUCAAAAGAAAUGGCAAAGGAUAUUGAAGAGUUAAUGAACCACUUAAAAUGGGACAAAGUACAUUUGGUUGGUAUUUCAAUGGGCGGUAUGAUAUCAAUAGAGUUUGCAUCAAUGUUUCCAGAAAGACUAUUAUCUCUUGCAUUAGUUGUAACCCAUGCCGGUAGUUUAGCUCCAUGGAGAGGUAUCAAAACAAUUACAAGAACUUUAUUCGUCAAAGAUCAUUACACAAGAGGAGAUUUACUUGUAGAUAUUUUAUAUUCACCAGAGUACUUAAAGAAACCAUCAAAAACUCAACCAGAAAAAACCAAUAGAGAUAUGUUUUUAGAAAAAUAUGUUUUCGAUUGCACAAAUAAUCAACAACCAAAAUUACUUGGUGUUUAUGGCCACAUAAAAACUGUAAAUACUCAUAGUGUUUCAAAAGAAAGAUUAUUAAAAAUCAAAGACAGCGCAGAAAAAUAUCAAUUCCCAAUUUCAGUUAUAACCGGAACCGAUGAUCAUUUAGUUAAGCCUAAAAACUCUUUUUAUUUAAAUGAUAUUUUAAAACCAAGCGAAUUUUUGGUUUUAGAAGGUUCUGGUCACUCAGUAAAUAUUGAAAACUAUGACGAGUUCCAUCAAUCUAUUAGA